UUCAGCAUGGCCGAGUAAAACGUGUUUUUAUUUACAUUUAUCAUCGAUCAUAUUAUUAACUUGACCAACGUUUUAGAUGAAUUAAAAUGAAGAUCAAAUGCUUGAGUAGAAAUCCAGAUGAUUUUUUGAGAGAAACGAAAAGAGAUAUUCACAAAGUUCCAAGAAAUUAUGAUCCUAAACUUCAUCCAUUUGAAGCACCAAGGGAAUAUGUUAGAGCUUUGAAUGCAGCCAAGUUAGAGAGAGUAUUCGCAAAGCCAUUUCUUGGCUCACUAGAUGGUCACAGAGAUAGUGUCAGCGUCAUCAGAAAACAUCCAACUAGUCUUUCAUUAUUAUUAUCUGGUGCUUAUGAUGGCGAGGUUAGAGUGUGGAAUAUAACUAAAAGAAACUGUGUUAAAAGUGUACAAGCUCAUGACGGUUUAGUUAAUGGUGUUUGUGGACAUCCAAAUGGAGAAUAUAUCUUUUCUGUUGGAGCUGAUAAACAGAUUAAACAAUGGAAUAUAACAGUUGAUGGUGAUUUACAGGAUCAACCUAAAAGUACAAUAUUAGGACGGAGUGUAUUUCAAGAUAUAGAUCAUCAUGGUAAAGAUAAUUUUUUCGCUACAUGUGGUGUUGGUGUUAAUAUCUGGGAUGAAGAAAGAACAGAACCUAUCCGAUAUUUUACAUGGGGUGUCGACUCCAUACAUCAUGUUAAAUUCAACCCUGUCGAAACGAAUAUAUUGGGAGCAGCAGCAUCAGAUCGAAGUAUAUUAUUAUAUGACAUGCGAGGUUCCACGCCACUCAGAAAAGUUAUUUUAAAAUUACGUAGCAAUGCUAUAUCAUGGAAUCCUAUGGAGGCUUUUAUAUUUACUGUUGCUAAUGAAGAUUAUAAUUGUUAUACGUUUGAUAUGAGGAAAUUAUCUAUACCACUCAAUGUACAUAGAGAUCAUGUUGCCGCAGUAAUGGAUGUAGAUUAUUCACCAACUGGUAAAGAGUUUGUUACCGCUGGUUACGAUCACUGUUUACGUAUAUUUAAACUAGAUCAAGGUCACAGCAGGGAAGUCUAUCAUACAAAGAGAAUGCAUCGUGUUCAUACAGUAUGUUGGUCAUUAGAUGAUAAAUAUAUUAUGUCGGGUUCAGAAGAAAUGAAUAUCAGAUUAUGGAAAGCUAGAGCCUGGGAAAAACUUGGAACGUUAAAAUCAAGAGAGAGUACAGCGUUACAGUAUAACGAUAAAUUAAAAACUAAAUUUGGAAAUCAUCCACAAGUAAGACGAAUAUUGAAACAUCGUCAUGUUUCUAAAAUGAUCUUUCACAAUACUCGAGAAAUUAGAAAAAUACGAGAAGCUGCCAAGAAAAGGGAACAGAAUCGUAUGGAGAAUAGUAAAAUUGGAACAGUUCAGUAUACCUCAGAAAGAGAAUCACAUGUCAUUGGAGAGAAGGAGUAAUCAUUGGAGAGGAGUAAUCAUUGUAAUAUUAUUGUACAAAUAAAAUGUAAAUAUUU